AUGAGGGCGCUGCUGCUCUCGCUGCUCUGCCUGCCAGCAGCGCUGCUGGCGCAGGGGCAGUACAGCCGCUUUGAAGGCAUCACCUACCCCGAGCCGGUGCAAUAUUCCCAGUACGACCAGCAAGCAGAAAUCCAGGAUUACUACGACUAUCACGAUGUGACGCCCCGCGCCCCCGAGGAGCAGUUUCGGUACCAGUCGCAGCAGCAGUCGCAGCAGGAGGUGGUGCCAGCGCCCACCCCAGCUGCCCUCCCCGAGACGGAGCCCACAGAGCCUGGACCCCUGGACUGCCGGGAGGAGCAGUACCCCUGCACCAGGCUCUACUCGGUCCACAAGCCCUGCAAGCAGUGCCUCAACGAGAUCUGCUUUUACAGCCUCCGCCGGGUUUACGUCAUCAACAAGGAGAUCUGCGUCCGCACCGUGUGCGCCCACGAGGAGCUGCUGCGAGCCGACCUCUGCCGCGACAAGUUCUCCAAGUGCGGCGUGAUGGCCACGAGCGGCCUCUGCCAGACGGUCGUCGCCUCCUGCGCCCGGAGCUGCGGCGGCUGCUGAACCCCCCGCCAGCCCCAGGCCCCC